ACCGCGCCGAAGGAGAACCGCAUUCACUCAGGAACGCAAGGAAGCCGUGAAUCGAGUAAAACAAGCCGUCAAAAGAAACCGCGCCGAAGGAGAACCGCAUUCACUCAGGUUCAACUCAAUUAUUUGGAGCGAAAGUUUCGUUUACAGAAAUAUUUGAGUGUUUCAGACAGAGGACAAGUGGCUCUCACUCUCAAUCUGACCGAAACACAGAUCAAGACAUGGUAUCAGAACAGGAGAACCAAAUGGAAGCGACAAAACAACAUGCGUUUGGAUGAACUCCGGUCUAAAGUGAUUGAUGGCAACACAGAGUCGGCGGUCACUGUUGGCGAUACUCCGCUCAUAUUCGGGUCCCCAUUAUGUCCGACCCCAUCGGCGGCCACACUAUCGCCCAAUCCAUACAACGGUCACUAUUUUAACUUUAAUCCAAUGCUCGCUUUGAACGGAACUGAUUUAAUGCGAUCAGUGUUUACUUUGCCCGCAAACCAUCGUUUGCACCACAAC